GACUUCACGUUUCCGCGGCCGUGCCCUGCAGUCCGUCGGGCACUCCGGGAGGCGGUCCUGGCGCUAGAGGGGCUUGGCCAUGAGGUAGUGCCUUUCGAGCCACACAGUGAUGGCGUUGUGACGCGAGAAAUGUAUUGGGACCUCAACACUUCCUUCUACAUUUCUGCCGGCCCGUACGUGGACAGCGAGUGUGUCAGAGUGUAUGUUCGUGGGCAGGGGAGGUUAAGGUCGAGGCAGAUGAGAGGCAAGAACUGGCAAAUGACUUUGUGA